CACACAUCUUACCGUGCUCACUCCUCGAGCCAGUCGCUGAGUCAUUUUGGUUGCCGGUUUCGAAGCUGUAGGGUUGUAGGAACAAAGUUCAACAUGACUAGGGGACUUCUCUUCGGUUCGACCUCGGGCAAUCAGAACCACAGCAAGUACCUUGUUGAGUUCCGGGCCGGCAGAAUGACGCGCAAGGGCAAUAUGGUCCAUCCCGACAAGCGCAAGGGAACCGUCUACGUUCACCAGAGCGAGGACUCGCUGAUGCACUUUUGCUGGAAAGACCGCACUACGGGAUCUGUGGAAGACGACCUGAUCAUCUUCCCCGACGAUGCAGAAUUCAAGAAAGUGACCCAGUGCACUACAGGCCGCGUGUACGUCCUGAAGUUCAAGUCGUCCAGUCGGAGAUGCUUUUAUUGGAUGCAGGAACCGAAGGAGGACAAAGAUGACGAGCUGGUGCGCAAGGUGAAUGAGUACCUCAACAAUCCGCCUGUGCCAGGCUCUAGCCGUGGGGCUGGAUCCAGUGGUGCUGGCGGUUCGGGCUCGCACCUGCACUCAGAGCUGCCCAACAUUGGGGAUGACGACCUCCAGAACCUGCUGAACAACAUGAGUCAGACCCAGCUUGUCCAGCUGCUUGGUGGUAUUGGGGGUGUUGGAGGAGUGGCCAACCUGACUUCUCUGCUGGGUGGAGGGCGAUCAGGAAGCCAGAGUGGCACACCGGCCAGUGCAGGUGCAGCUGCCUCCGAGGCCGUCUCGGCAACCACAGUCUCGCCUCCAUCCCAGAGCACGGCAGCAAGCUCGACUGCCGCGGCCACGGCCACCACUGACACCACUGCUGCAGCAGCUUCCACUCCUACGACGACGGCUGGCAGCUCGAGCGGUGGUGCUGCCGCAUCUGGCCCCGCCAUUCAGCUGAGCGACCUCCAAAGCAUCCUCUCUGGCAUCAAGGUCCCGCCAUCUGAGUCAACUGGGGCAGAAGCCAGCAAGGAACAAUCUGUCAAUGUGGACCUGUCGACGGCCAUUAACAUGGAGGUGCUGCAGCCUCUGCUGGACAACAAGGAGCUGAUGUCGCGCGUGGAGAAGCUGCUGCCUGCGACCAUAGAGUCUGGCAAGCAACCCGACGUAAGCGAACUCCUCCAGGACACCAUCAAAUCCCCACAGUUUCAGCAGGCACUGAGCAUGUUCAGCACAGCACUGCAGUCUGGGCAGCUGGGACCCCUGAUGCAGCAGUUUGGUAUGGAUGACAGUGUUGUUGCAGCUGCAAACUCUGGAGACAUGGCUCAAUUCGUCAAAGCCCUACAGGCGUCGAAGGCUGCAAAGGAUGCGAAGUCCCCAAAGAAGGACGAGAACGUCGACGAAGACAUGGGACUAGACUGAACAGGCCCUCUCUGCGAAUUAUUUGCUCAUGGCGAAGUUUCAGGUCACCACUGAUGGGAGACACUAACCAACCUUUUCAAAACAUCACUCCUUUCCCUUCGAGCUGUUUUUCCAUCAGACAUUUGUGUAUAAGUGCUUUACAAAUAAAGCAAAAAAGAAAAAAAUUAUGGUGACAUUCA